GAAGUAGAAAAAGCCGCCCAGCGCUAACGACGUUGUUCAACUCGCUUACAGGCCGCAGAGCAGCAGUCGAAGUCAUGCCUCGUGUUUAUAUCGGACGUCUGAGCUAUAAUGUCCGCGAAAAAGACAUUCAGCGGUUUUUCAGUGGAUAUGGAAAGUUAAUGGAAGUAGAUUUGAAGAAUGGCUACGGGUUCGUGGAGUUCGAGGACAACCGGGACGCCGACGACGCCGUGUACGAGCUGAACGGGAAGGAGCUAUGCGGGGAGCGGGUGAUCGUGGAAAACGCCCGGGGGCCGCGGAGAGAUCGAGAUGGCUACGGUGGGGGUUUCGGAGGCGGAGGAAAAGGUAGCGGUUACAGCAGCCGGAGCAACACUGGCAGGGAGAAAUACGGACCUCCAGUUCGUACCGAGUACCGUGUCAUCGUGGAGAACUUGUCCAGCCGCUGCAGUUGGCAAGACCUUAAGGACUUCAUGCGUCAGGCAGGAGAGGUGACUUAUGCAGAUGCCCACAAGGAACGCACAAAUGAGGGUGUGAUCGAGUUUCGGUCCCAGUCGGACAUGAAGAGAGCCAUCGACAAGUUGGAUGGUACCGACAUCAAUGGACGGAAGAUUCGUCUUGUGCCGGAACAACCUCGCAAGCAGCGGUCUUACUCCGGCAGCCGCUCCAGAUCUCGUAGUCGCCGCCGCUCCCGCAGCAAGAGCCGCAGGAGCUCCAGGAGUCGCUCUCGAUCCCACUCCAGGUCUCGUUCCCCUAGCAACAAGAGGCGUCGCCAGUCCCGCUCCAGAUCUGGAAGAAAGUCUCGCUCCAAGUCACGAGAAAGUAAAUUCCGAUCCCACAACCGCAGGUCCCGUUCUCGGUCCCACAAAUCAAAGUCCCGCUCAGGCUCUCGCAAAUCCCGGUCUCGUUCAGCUGACCGUAAAUCAAAGUCUCGCUCAAUGUCUCGCUCAAUGUCUCGCUCAAUGUCUCGCUCAAAGGUGAAGUCGGAGCGUGGUUCUCGCAGUCGUUCCAAGGAGAUGUGUAGCGACAAACCCCGCAGCCAUUCAGCAUCCCCGGUAGUCAACGGGAAAGAGGAGAGUUUCGUCAACUCUCUCGCCCGCUCCCCGUCUCCUCGCGAGGAUGACCGCCGAUCCCAAUCCAGGGAGAAACGUCCAGCCUCUCGCUCCCGGUCUAGAUCGGGCCCUAAGGAUUAGUGGAAUGAAGAAAGGGAGGCGUUUCUCUCAUCGUCGAGCUCGAUCCCUCUGCUGUACAUGUGAGCGGUGUUGUCAUACUGGCUUAUGCUUCCUGGCGCGUCUACUUUUCUCCAGGUGUUCACUUGUCUUAAACAUGUUUUAGAUUAUGUUUUAUAAGAGGAAGCGCAACAGUAAUUAUCUUGAUUUCUGUAUCGUCUUGCUACUAAGGAAAAAAGAAACAAAACAUGUUCUCAAUUAUAUUAGAAAAUGAACGAACUCGAGUCAAAAGAAGCUGGACGUGAAACAUUUAGCGCUUUGAUUUGAGAUGGUUCAAAUCGCUCUGUCCCAAUUACUUAAAAUUUCACACCAGCCUCUUUAUUUAAUAAGUAAAGUAAAUAGUCUCUAUUUGGCUUUCAUUAUUAUAAGAUAUGCGUCUCAGUUGUGAUCAAGAUCGUUUAAUUUGUAGAUGAGAAGAAAAACCUUCCUAGUGUUGUAAGAUCUUCUGUCUCUUGGACGGUUUGAGGCAACGCUUCUGUUUUCAUGUUCGUUCAUCUGGUUGUAGGAGAAAAGUAGCUCGGCUGGAGCAUCGGAGCAGUUGCAAUAAUUGCUUUCUCGUGGAAUUGGCCGAUCUUUGUGUUUUGAGGUACUCCCAAAUGCUCAACUGGGAUGCAGAACUUGAGCUGCAUAUUUACAAAAGAAUAAGGGUUUGUAUGUCAUAUUUGAAUAACUUGCAUUAGGGGAACUACUCUGAUCUCCUUUUAACCUCUUGUACAUAAACCGUGUGCUCGGCAUCAAAAACAAUUUCUUUUUGUUGCUACAGGUUUUUUUGUUGUAACCUUGCAGCAGGUAAUAUGUGGAACAUCCUUUUUAUCUUUUGUUUUCUUAAAGCUCCAAGGCCCUGAAUGCAGAGUCCCAUUGUGCUCAUGUUUUCUGCUUUGUUUUGAUUGCAGCCCUGAAAGUAAUUUUCAAUUUGUACUGCAUCCCUUUUUCUGCGAGUUGAGUCCAGGGGACGCGGUGUUGUCAAGCCUCUGCUUAUUUAAGGUGUGCAGCCAGUACUGGAAUGUUUGUACUUGCGGUACAUUGUAUCUCUGGAGUGUGUUUGGGGGUUUAUUACAAACGAGACUUGGUGAAUGCACCCCCCCCCCCCCCCCACUCCAUCUUGUGGAACAGAUUAUUUUGUUUCUCUGCAAAUGAGAGCUACGGGAUGAUUGGCCUUUUUUUUAUUGUAUGUUCCAUUAAAGAUCUUAAUAAAAGAA